AUGUCGUCAUUCCUCCGCUGGUAUAAUGCGAAGUUGGCAGCUAAGCCACUUCUCACACAGAGCGUGACGACCGCAGUUCUGUUCGCCACUGGAGACAUCACUGCCCAGCAGGCUGUUGAGCAGCGCGGUCUGAAGAAGCAUGACCUUGCCCGUACCGGCCGCAUGGCCCUUUACGGUGGCGAUAUAGAGGGAACCCUGGUUCUAAUGUGUGUGCCUUUCGUUCAAGUCGUCUUUGGCCCUGUCGUGACCACAUGGAUCAAUUUCCUUGCCCGCAGAGUGAACAUCGCUGGACGACCACGCCUCGAGACUCUCGCACGCGUUGGAUGUGACCAGGGCGCCUUUGCUCCCGUCAUGAUCGGUGUCUUCCUGAGCAGCAUGGCAACCAUGGAAGGCGUAAGCGCCAAGGAGCGGUUGGAGAAGACCUGGUGGACGGCGCUGAAGACGAACUGGCUGGUCUGGCCCUUCGUUCAGAUGAUCAACUUCACAUUCAUGCCCCUGCAGCACCGUGUCUUGUUCGCCAAUGUCAUUUCCAUCGGCUGGAACAGUUACCUCAGCUGGGUGAACAGCGUGGAGUAG